AUGUAUGAUAUUGGUGCUAAUCUGACUGAUGCUAUGUUUCAAGGUAUAUAUGGAAAUUCAAGAAAGCACCAAGUCGAAGUGGUGGAAACCCUCUUAAGUGGAAUUGAUUAUAAGUAUCGAUAUAAAAUUCUUAGUCAUGUAUAUUUUUCUUUUCUUCCAGCUGAUUUGGAUCAAGUUAUUCAGCGCUCAUUUCAAAAUGGGCUUGAUAAAAUUAUAGCUACAUCAGGUACAUACGCCGAAACAUUGCAAUCACUCGAGUUAUGUUCAAAAUAUGAUAAUUUGUAUACGACAUGUGGUUAUCAUCCAACACGUUGUCAAGAGUUUGCUCAAAAUGAUGAAAAUGUCCUAAUUGAAAAAAUGGUUGAUUUAUUAAAAAAUGAUAAAGUCAUUGCCAUUGGUGAAUUGGGUUUAGAUUAUGAACGACAACAAUUUUGUUCAAUUGAUAUACAAAAACGUUAUUUUGAAUUUCAGUUAAAAAAUUUAACAUCAAACUCAAUGAAUCGUAAACCAUUAUUUUUACAUAAUCGUUCAUCGACUCAAGAUUUAUAUGAAAUAUUGAAUCGUUAUCGAGAAAAUAUCGUUGGCGGAGUGAUUCAUUCGUUUGAUGGUACAUACGAUGAGGCAAAGUUGUUUUUAGAUCUGGGCUAUUAUAUUGGUAUAAAUGGCUGUUCAAUGAAAUCACAAGAAAAUUUAGAUGUUAUUAAACAAAUACCGCAAGAUAGAAUAUUAAUUGAAACUGAUUCCCCGUGGUGUGGUAUUAAACAAUCUCAUGCAUCUUAUCGUUACGUAAAAACACAUUAUGACAGUGUUAAAAAGGAAAAAUGGCAAGAAAAUAAGAUGAUUAAAGAUCGAAAUGAACCAACUUGUAUUGUACAAAUAUGUGAAGUAAUUGCAGCUAUUCAUGAAGAAAAUUUUGAUGAUUUAUGCGAUCAAAUUUAUCAGAAUACAGUAAAAUUAUUUUUUUAA